GGGCCGGCAAAAGUCUUGUUUUGAGCGGGAACGAGAUUCUUCCGCAAGGAGUAGGAGUUUGCAUGAACAAGAGAGUGGAGAACGAUGCGAAAUUGCAGUCGCACGUUGAUCAGUCUACACGUCAGACAAUCAUUUCAAGUCACUAUCAAAUAUAUUUUUAUCACUCUUAAUACUUGAUUUAAUAUGGUGUCCAUACUUGAUAUAGAAAUUCAAAUAAAUCAAUAAAUAAUCAUAUAAAAAGAAGUGCAAUAAAAGUUAUGUAGUGACGAGACUAAUCAAUUGAUUAAUUUAUAAUAUUUCGAUUGUGCGAAUUUAUUCAAAAUUGCACUAAUAAUUUUUAUUAGUGAAUAUAAGUGAAUUUUAUUUUCAAUUUCCAAGCACUUUUUUUUGGUUUAUUUCAUAAUUAUGGUGAAUUUUAACCUUAUUAGUUUAUCUUAUUUUUUUGCAAACAUUAAUUCUUAUUCUUUAAUACAUUGAUAUAUUUGUUUCUUUGGAAUUUAAAAACAUGAAAAGUUUUGAAAUGAUGGUCAAAGAUAACAUGUGGAGACAAAGACGAUUGACCGUACCAAAAAGGACAAGUGAAUUAGUUGCUCUGGUUGCUUUAUCCAGCACGCUCUUCCUUUUUCUUCAUACUCGAGAUCUGCAUUCACGUUUGCAUGAAAUGGAAGUAAAACUACAACCUAGUGUUAAUGAAAUUUCAAGCAAUCAAUUAUCAUCUGGAGAAGAAAUCCAAUCUGUAUCAGCAAUUUUAUCUUCACAGUAUUAUAGGCAACCUUCUGGUCAAUCGUAUGAUACUUUGGAACCAUUGGACUUGGAUUUACUAAAUAAUACAAAACGAGCCGAUAAACAUGUUCUAUUCUUCAAUAGAGUACCUAAAGUAGGCUCCCAAACAUUUAUGCAAUUACUCAGAAGACUUUCUAUACGAAAUAACUUUUCAUUUAAUAGAGAUCAAGUGCAACGUGUAGAAACUAUCAGACUUGCUCCAUACGAACAGCGUCAAUUAGUUAGACUUGUGAAUAGCUAUAAAGAACCUUCAGUUUAUGUUAAACAUGUAUGCUUCACUAACUUUACUGAAUAUAAUCUUCCUCAACCAAUUUACAUGAACGUUGUGCGCGAUCCAGUCGAACGAGUAAUAUCAUGGUAUUAUUAUGUUCGUGCACCCUGGUAUUAUGUUGAAAGGAAGCAAAUAUUUCCGGAUUUACCACUACCAGAUCCUGAAUGGCUCAAAAAAGACUUUGAAAGUUGUGUUUUGAAUGGUGAUCGUGAGUGCCGAUAUAUAGAAGGUGAAUAUCAUGAAGGUAUUGGUGAUCAUAGACGACAAACACUCUUUUUUUGUGGUCAUGGAGAAAAAUGCAUGCCAUUCAAUACUGUUGGUGCACUAGAGCGAGCAAAAUUAUCCGUUGAAAAACACUAUGCUGUUGUAGGAGUACUUGAAGAUGUUAAUGUAACACUUACAGUCUUAGAAAAUUAUAUCCCACAAUUUUUUCAAGGUGCAACAGAGCUUUAUUGGGAUGAAAUGAAUUCGUUUAAACGGAUUAAUAAAAAUUCAUUUAAACCACCAGUACGUGAACAAAUAAAAGAAAUGGUGCGUAAAAACUUUACGAGAGAAAUUGAAUUCUAUCAAUUUUGUAGACAGCGGCUACACAGACAAUUUAAAGCACUUAAAUUAUCUAAUAAAUUAUCCAUGACAUAAAUAAAUGCCAAUAGUUCAUAAGAAUAGGGAUAUUUAUUUUUAUCAAUAAAGACGCUACGUUUUAUAAAAAAUAGUUUAAAAAAAAAUAAAAACACUAUCUUUUAAUUAUUCAUG